AUGUUUUAUGGGUCCUGCUCCACCAUGGCUCCACCAUCCAAGAACCGGCUGAAGCGCCAGAGCCGGAUUUUCUCCCAAGUCUUGUACCGGACGCUGAGCUACAAGGACCGGAGCUCAGCCUCUGCUUCCCCGGCAGCCGGUGAGGAUGACCCGGCCGAGCUCUCCACCCAGCUCUCGGCCCCCGGUGUCCUGAAGAUCUUCGGGGGCAACAUCUGCGCGGGCACCAACUACAAGAGCGUGCUGGCGACGGGCAGCUCGGGCGCGCGGGAGCUGGUGAAGGAAGCCCUGGAGCGCUACGGGCUGAGCCAGCUCAGCGCCGGGCAGUACGCCCUGUGCGAUGUCAUCGGGAGGUUCGAGGGCCCCGAGAAACGGUGGCAAACGGAGGGGCUGAGGGUCCUGGGUGACCACGAGAAGCCGCUGCUCAUCCAGGACCUCUGGAAGCCCAGGGAGGGCUUCUCGCGGCGGCUGGAGCUGCGCAAGAGGGCGGAGGUGGAGGAGCUGGCAGCCAGGGAUGUGGACACCACCACCGCAGGCAUCAACGCCCAAGCGCGGAAGCUGCAGCGGCACCGGGCGCGGGGCCCGGCGGCCGCCGGCGGGGGCUGAGCGGCGCGGCCCCCCCCGGCCCUGCGGCGCAGCCUCAGCGAGACCAGCCUGGGUAACCCGGCUCGCCCGGCGGCGGCGCGGAGCGACGGCAGCAUGCGGUACUCCCUCUACCAGUCCCCGCACCUCCUGCUCCUGCAGGGCUACAGCCAGCAGCAUGACAGCUUGGUUUACCUGCUGAACCGCGAACAGCACACGGUGGGCCAGAGGACGCAGGCAAGCAAGCCCAGCAUCAGCCUGUCGGCCCCCGACAUCUUGCCCCUGCACUGCACCAUCAGGAAGCUCCGACCUUCCCGGCAUCGCUCAGAGGAGAAGCUGGUGCUGGAGCCCAUCGCCGGUGCCGGCAUCUCUGUCAACUUCGCCAAGGUGGCCAGGACGGUCGUGCUGCGGCACGGGGACCUCCUCUCCCUCGGUCUCUACUACCUGCUCCUCUACAAGGACCCCAUGAAGGCACAGCCGCUGCCGGCGCAGACCCUGCUGAGGCUGCGAGCCCUGCACCCCGCCGUCCCCGAGGGUCCCCUCGUCUGUGGGGCAUGCAGCAGCCUGCUGAAGGAGAGGGACCCUGCCACCAAAAAGCGGGGGCCCUCACCCGCCGGCGGCCCCAGGGCACCCCGCAGAAAGCUGCUGCUGGAGUUCGAGCCGGCGGCCGAGGACGUGCUCCUGCGGCGCAUCAUGACCCUGAUCGAGCGGGGGGAUGACCACAAGCUGACACCUGCCUUCCUGCUCUGCCUCUGCAUCCAGCACUCGGCCACCAGCUUCGAGCCGGGUGACUUCGGGCAGCUGCUGCUCAAAGCGGCCAAAAUGAUCCAGAGGACGGUGUGGGAGCGGACACGGGAGCUGGCUGAGAAGCAGUCCCAGCACCAGGACCCUGCCGCCCUGUCCCGCUUCACCAUCACGGACCUUCUCCCGGACCUGCAGCACAUCCUCUUCUGGAUGGCCAAUGCCAUCGAGAUCCUCUACUUCAUCCAGCAGAAAUCGCCCACCUACAUCCAGAGCAUGGAGGAGGAGCUGGACGUCAGAGGCUCCAAGGAGUCUCUGUUCUCCUCAACCAUCACAGCCAGCGAGGAGGCGAUGACGGUGCUGGAGGAGGUGAUCAUGUACACCUUCCAGCAGUGCGUCUACUACAUCUCCAAGUGUCUGUACGUGUCGCUCCCUGCCCUGCUGGAGUGCAACCCCUUCCAGAACGAGUGCCGGGAGAGCUGGCGGGCAUCCCCGCCGCUGCCCGAGGAGCUCCGCAGGGUCGUGCUCAUCUACCAGGCAGCGCUGGACCUGCUCCGUCAGUACGAAGUGCACCCGGAGAUCACCUCCCAGAUGUUCGCCUACCUCUUCUUCUUCUCCAACACCCUGCUCUUCAACCAGCUCCUAGAUAAGGGCUCCUCUCUCGGCUGCUUCCACUGGUCACAGGGGGUGAAGCUGCGGGCCAGCGUGCGGCUGCUCCUGGAGUGGCUGCGCGGCGCCGGCUUCGAGCAGCUCGCCCAGCAGUUCUUCGCCAAACUCGCCAGCGUGGCCAACCUGCUGGCCAUGCCCGGCUCCCAGCUGGUCCAGAUGACCUGGCCGUCCCUGCGAGCCGAGUUCCCGGCGCUGAGCCCCGCGCAGCUCUACCGGGUGCUGAGCCAGUGCCAGGCAGUGAUGGAUGUGGGCUGCAUCGCAGCGUGGCAGCCCGGCGAGGAGGAGAGCCCGGCCACCUUCCAGCCCGAUGAGAUGCUGGAGUCCUUCGACAACCACCCGCCCAUCAUCCUGCCCAGCGGGGGCUUCAAAGUGGACCUGGAGGUGGAGACAUUGGACAACAACAUCUACCGGCACCUCCUUUACAUCCGCCACUUCCUCUGGAGCCUGCAGAGCAAGAGCACCCACACCAGCGAGGAGCCAGGCUCAGCACCCCCAAAGAAAGAGGCAUGCAUGAUGCCAGAUGUCCUGGAGGUGAGCGAGAGCCCGGCUGCUGCCCUGGGGAGCACCAUCACCCAGGAGGACUACUGCUCCCUGGGGGGCUGCGCCGAGCCGGAGGGGAGCCCCCAGCUCUGCCUGGCCACCAACGGCUGCCCCUGCGAGCACCCCGCCGGCGAGCCCCAGCUCCAGGAGAAGCUCAAGCGGCUGCAGCUGGGCAGGGAUCCGGCCCCCAAUGCUGGCACGGCGCCCACAGACCCCUCCUGCCUGCUGACGCCACCCACCACCCCCCUAAACUUUGACUCCGGGAACCCGGAGUCCCCUCAGGGCACCGGCAAGGGGCUGCAGGACCCCCGGAGGAAUGGGAUGAACGGCACCAAAGGCAGCACCCCAGAAGGAUGCUCGCCGACCCCCUAUGACUACCCCACGCCAGAGUCUUCCAGCCGCAGCUCUGCCACCGAUGACUUCUGCUACGUCUUCGUGGUGGAGCUGGAGAGAGGACCCAUCGGGCUGGGGAUGGGGCUGAUCGACGGCUUGCACACUCCUCUCUGCUCCCCGGGGAUCUACAUCCGUACCCUGAUCGAGGACAGCCCCGCGGCCGCUGACGGCAGGCUCUCCAUUGGGGACCGCAUCCUGGCUGUCAAUGGCACCAGUCUCAUUGGGGCAGACUACCAAAGUGCAGUGGACCUCAUCCGCUCCGGAGGGAAGAAGCUGCGGUUUCUGGUUGCCAAGUCAGACAUGGAAAUAGCCAAAAAAAUCAGUUCCAGCUCCUCUUCUUCCUAGUCCUUGUGGUACGAGGGUCCUUCUGCAGCAGCUUGUGGGUGCAGCUCUGGUUAAGGCUGACCUCAGGGAGCCUGGAGUGCAAGAGG